UUGAAUUGUCUCUGACAUGGCGACCCAAGCGAAGUUGAUUGCCCAGAAGACCGUGCGCGGCAUGCCCGUCGACGGGGAGUCGUUGCCGCUGAAAGGCGGCGAAGACGGUGCCCACCACCGUCCGAAUGAUUUCCGAGCGCUCUGGGACAUCAUCACGGGGUCCCCCGUGAGCUGGCUCCUCGUCGCGAUCCCGUUCGCCGUCUGGUCGUACUAUGCUGAAUGGGGCGCUGUCUGGGUGUUUUCCCUCAACUUUUUGGCCAUGAUGCCCCUCGCCAACAUCCUCGGGGAAGCCACGGAGAACCUGGCCGAGCACACUGGCGAUACGAUUGGCGGUCUCGUGAACGCGUCGUUUGGGAACGCUGUCGAAAUCAUCAUUGCGAUCUUUGCGUUGAAGGCGGGCGAAAUCGAGCUGGUCCAGUCGUCGUUGAUCGGUUCCAUGUUGUCCAACUUGCUCCUCGUCCUCGGCAUGUGCUUUAUCUCGGGUCACCUCGGCGGUGCCCAGGAAUCGACGUUCUCUGGUGUCGGCGCCUCGAUCAACAUGUCGCUUCUGUUCGUUGCAUCGUUCGCCAUGUUGGUCCCGUCGUACUACUCGCAAUCCGUGUCCCACGCCGACGAAGUCGACCACAGCAUUGCUGUCUUGGGCUUGUCCCGCAUGUCGGCCAUCUUCCUCGUGUUGAUGUAUGUGCAAUUGAUGUUUUUCCAACUGGUCACGCACAAACCGGCCGAUGCCGCGGUGGAAGGCCAUGGCCCUGCGUUGUCCUUGGUUGGCGCGACGAUCGUCCUCCUCUUGUCCACGAUCGCCGUCGCAUUCUUGUCGGAAUACUUGGUCAGUUCCGUCGACGACUUGACCAAGUCGUCGGGCAUUCCCAAAGCAUUCAUCGGUAUCAUCGUGCUCCCGAUUGUCGGCAAUGCUGUCGAGCACAUCACGGCCCUCAAGGUCGCGUACAAGAACAACAUGGAACUCGCAAUGGGAGUCGCCGUCGGGUCGGCGACCCAAAUCUCGCUCUUUGUCGUUCCUGUCUGCGUCAUUGCCGGCUGGAUCAUGGGCCAACCCAUGACGCUGGCGUUCAAUACGUUUGAAGCCCUCACGUACGUCUUUACGACGCUGAUCGUGUACGUCAUCGUGGCGGACGGCAAAUCCAACUGGUUGGAAGGGUCGAUGCUCCUGACCUUGUACAUCCUCGUCGGGUUGUCGCUGUUGGAGAUCACGAUUUAAGCGUCUCAAUGUGUGCAUUGUUGAAAAACCUUUGGUGCGCCAACCUAGUUUCCACACGCAUGGUCCCGCCCAGGCAUGAUGCAGGGCUGUUGGCGGCGGGUGGGAUAGGGUCCCGACGGCGCGGCCUCUUGCUGCACUCGGCCAACGUAAAUCGGUUGCGACGACGUAUGCAGUCGCACAGUGUGAUGCCAACAACGAACGUGUGCACACUGAUCGGUGUCUCAUGCGAAUGGACGGUGCCACAAGAACAGUAGGAAGUUGCGUGGCAUCAUCCCACAGGGGCUGCGCCAGUUCCCUCAUGCAUUCGAUCCAAAGGGAGCAGGACGCACCAGCACCCCUUCGUGAUGCACCAGAGCACGGACAUCUCGAAAUCGUUCUCCCAUCGUCGCAGCGUGCUGCGGAGGUGGGAGUUACGAGGUGCGCCCAACAACAUGGAGAAUCGGCAAUGUGAACAACGAGGAAACGAUGUGCAAAGCCACAUGAGCCAACUUAAUUCGUGGCGUUGAGCUGCCACCCGUCGAAUUUGUUGUACCGCUCUAG